AUGUGUCCCGAGGGAGACGAGGACCAGACGACCGCCGCGGCCGUGGCGCAGCAGGAGACGGCGGCGAACGCAGCGGCUGGAAUCUUACCAGCUGAGCACUGGGUGCAAGCGGCACGAGACGCUGCUAACGAAGACGAUGCCGACUCUGCGCUAGGCGACGACAACGCCAGUUCAACGGCGUCAAUCACCUCUACGAUUCUGCAGUACCGGAAGAUUCAUGGGAGGACGUUCCACGGCGAGGUUGGCGACGCCCAGUAUUGGGGGAGCAACGAUGAACAGCAGAAUGAAGCUUGGGACAUCAACCAUCACUUACUCACCUUGUCCAUGGGUGACAAGCUUCACUUGGCACCGCUGGAUAAAAGCAAGGUAGCGCUGGAUAUUGGAACAGGAACAGGUAUCUGGGCCAUUGACUUUGCCGAUGAGAAUCCCGAAUGUGAAGUCAUCGGGACGGACAUCUCCCCCAUCCAACCUAGCUGGGUUCCUCCUAACUUGAAGUUCGAGAUCGACGACUGCACGCGCGAAUGGACUUUCGAACCAGAAUCCUUCGACUAUGUCCACAUCCGUUUCCUAGUCGGCAGCAUUGCGGACUGGCCCGCGCUGUUCAAGCAGGCGUACAGGGCCCUGAAGCCGGGCGGUUACCUCGAGAGUUUCGAAGUCUCGCCGGCCAUUAUGAGCGAUGACGGGACCGUCCCGGAGACUAGCGCACUGGGUCAGUGGGGCAAGUUCUUCGAGGAGGGCGGCCGGAAGAUGGGCCGGACGUUCCGGGUUCUCGACGAGAACUUGCAGAGAACGUCGAUGGAGGAUGCCGGCUUUGAGAGCAUCACAGAGUGGAACAACAAGGCCCCCAUCGGUAACUGGCCAAAGGACGAGGUGAAGAAGGAAAUCGGCGAGUGGGCUCAGCUGACGCUCCUCUCGGACAUUGAGGGUUACGUCCUCUUCAUGGCCAACGUCAUGUCGACUUGGUCUCGUGAGGAAAUCCACAUCUAUGCGGCGCAGCUGCGUCGUGAGAUCCGGUCUGGCAAGCUCCAUGGGUACUACCGCCAAAGAGCAGUCUGGGGACAGAAGCCCCUGAAGACGGAGGCAUAGUUGCAGUAUUCACUCCUACCUUGAUUACUGUUGAUUUACUCGAAGCUAGCGAGCCUGGAUAAGCAUAUGCAGCAUAUCUCAUCGAAUCGGAUACCUUUCUAUCGCAUCUGUGUGUUCUCGGCUCAUUGUGAAAGGGAAUACGGCAUUUAGGGCUUGUCCAACUAAGCUGAACAUGACCCGCAGGAGCGUCGGGCCGAGCCGACUUGAAAGGCUUAUCU